AUGACGGCUGCGAAAGAUCACACCUAUUCCUACAGCAGUUUAUAUCAACACCAAUUUGGAGCAGAAUUUCGACGGUUUUCUCUGGAAAGAUCAAAACCUGGAAAAUUUGAAGAAUUUUAUGGAUUAUUGCAGCAUGUUCACAAGAUACCCAAUGUUGAAGUUUUAGUUGGAUAUACAGAUAUUCAUGGAGAUCUGCUGCCUAUCAAUAAUGAUGACAAUUAUCAUAAAGCAGUUUCCACAGCCAAUCCUCUGCUCAGGAUUUUCAUUCAAAGGAAAGAAGAUGCAGACUACAGUGCUUUUGGUACAGACACUAUGACGAGGAAGAAAAAUGUUUUAUCAAAUGUGUUGCGUCCAGAUAACCAUAGAAAGAAACCGCAUGUUGUCAUUAGCAUGCCACAAGACUUCAGGCCAGUGUCUUCUAUUAUAGAUGUGGACAUUCUUCCAGAAACUCACCGCCGGGUACGACUUUAUAAAUAUGGAACAGACAAACCACUUGGAUUCUAUAUACGAGAUGGCUCUAGUGUGAGAGUAACGCCACAUGGAUUAGAGAAGGUACCGGGCAUUUUCAUAUCCAGGCUUGUUCCUGGAGGCCUUGCUCAAAGCACAGGAUUACUGGCUGUCAAUGAUGAAGUACUGGAGGUGAAUGGAAUAGAAGUUUCAGGAAAGAGUCUUGAUCAAGUUACAGACAUGAUGAUUGCUAAUAGCCGUAACCUGAUCAUUACAGUGAGACCAGCAAACCAGAGAAAUAAUAUUGUUAGGAACAGUCGGACUUCUGGCAGCUCGGGUCAGUCGACUGAUAAUAGUCUUCAAAGUUACACACCACACGUUGUGCAGAAUUACCAUCCAGAAGAAGAAGAAAGUGAUGAUGAAGACAUUAUUAUUGAAGACAGUGGUGAGCCACAGCAGAUUCCAAAAGCUGUCCCGACCUGUGAGAGUCUGGAGUCAUUGACACAAAUUGAACUUCUUCAUGAGUCGACACAAAAUGGUUUCAUUCCUUCCAGCGAAGUAAAUUUAUUUCAUUCAGCAGGCAGCAUUAACAUGGAGUAUGAAAUACGUGAUGCAGACCAAAAGUCCUUAGAAGAAGAUGGAACAAUCAUAACAUUAUGAAAUUGCAUCAUUACAUUUUACUAUUAACUGAAGAUGCCAUAUACCUUUCAAUUUGGCACAGUGUGAAAUGCAGUUUAUACCUCUCAGCCUAUUUAACCACUACAAGCUGUAAACAAAUAGAAGGAAAAAAAUAAGUACAGUAAAGUUAAAAAAUGGUUGCUUAUUUCAGUUGCAUAGUUUUAUACAUGUGUGUAAAUAUUUUACAAGCGAGGGUAAAUAACUGGUAAGCCUUGGACAGAGGUAAAUCUCAGUUGAAAAUGAAGGAUGGUUGAGAGGUAUGACUUUAUAUUUAUUAAGUGGGGUACUACUGGCUUUUGAAAAGUAAAUUUCCAUUACCAUGUGAGGUAGAUUAAAUAAUUAAUUAGACAUACAACUUAAUUGUUUCUAAUCUUCCAGGCAUGGCCAUGUAAAAUUACUUGGAAAUGCUCUUAACUAUGAUUGUAAAUUCUAAUGUGAAAGUUUUAAUAAUCUUCCAGUUUUGUAGCUUGAGGACCAGUUCUCUUCUCUUAGUUUUUAUGGUAUUUAAAGUGGUCUCUUAUACUUUGCUCUAGUUAUUAAUUAUUGUACUUUACCUUUCUGUACACUUCUAAAGAAAUUUAAAUUCAAGCAAGGUUAUAAAACUAACAUCUCACCUGAGCUUAUUACAUGUUCAAAACAUUCUAGUGAUGUUAAAGAUUUUUAUUAAUGGAAAGAUAGUUGAGUGAAAUUGGUAGCAAGUUGAAAGUUGUGUCUCGAUUUGUUUUUCUUACAUCCAAAUUAUUUCUUAUUCCAGAUUCAAGCAGUUUACAUUGUUUUAGAAAAAGAAAAAACAAAGUCAAACCUGUCUUUUGAAACUUUUAAAUUAGAACUUAUGAAAUAAAAUGGGCCAUGAACAUUUAAUUUAUGAAGGUCCUGUAGACAAAACAGUAUCAGAAAUAAUAGCCCUUGUGCUGCAAGCACUUAAGCAGAUGCUUAACAUUUAUUUACAUGGAGCUAUCAUGCUGAAUGUUAAGCAUCUGGUUUAGUAUUCUGUAAUUCCAGGGCUAUAACUAUAUUAAACUCUUCUGCUAGUGGCAUAACGUUUCUUCAAAACAGUUGCUUUUGUGGUAGUAAGGAGAAGGCAUUUAAACUCUCAAGGUGGUUAACACUAUUUGUGCAAGCUAAUAUUUGCAAUAGGAAUCUUGGGUGAAAGUUGCAGGGGGUUUUUUCCUAAGUCAAUUACAAGUCCUGUGGACUUCAACCAAAUUAUAUUCUAUCAGUUUGAAGUAUUUCAGGCUUCUUGACUUGUGAUGUUCAAUAUAGCAGUAUGGGAUGUUUUAAAUUACAGCAUGGGCUAUUUUAUUAUCAGCUUUGUGGCAUUUUAAUAGUAAGGAUAUGGCUCAGCAUUUUAAGCAUGCAGCUGCUUAGAAUUUGUUUUACUAACAACUAUUAAAUUUAAAACAGGCAAAAAUUAUUUCCAGUUUAAGAAUAUAAAAUGGGACGGAAAUAAACAUGUUGCUAGUUCUUUUAAAUUUAAAAACCUUUUUAAAAAUCCAUGCUGCUCAAAACUCGGCUUUUAGGGAAAACUGGGUUUUUUGUUUGUUUUUAUGGGUUCUUCCCCUCUCCCUCCAUUUCUUUGGUUUGAGGACCUCCUUCUCUUCCCUAGAAACUCAGUGAAUGACUUUCAUUUAUUCUAGUUCUGUUCACUUUGUGCCUUUUGUGUACUUGAAUGUAUGGUGAACAAUCAAAUGAGUAAAACAAACUUGGAUUAAGAGAAGAGUGAAAUCCACAGAUACUGAACUGGUAGCACACUUCUUAAUACAGGUGUAAUGCUUUUGAUGGAAUUGUUUUAUGGGUCUAAUAUGGUACAUUAGUUAUGCAGCAGUUUGGAUGUAAGAUAAGCUGUUAACUUACACAUAAGCAUGACACCUUAGAACACUAGUGUUACAGGAUCAUAAUUUAUUGCUUAAAUACGAACAUGUAAGACUAGUGCGCUGCUCAGCUUAAUUCCUACUUGUAUCAUAUUCAUGAACACUAAGUUUGUAAACCAGUGUUAAGAACUUAAGGAAAUUUUAAAUAAGGUUAUACAAUAAAACUGUACAUAAAUUUCCAUUUCUUAGGACGCUUCCUUGAAACUGAUUGACUUGAUCAAUGAGGAGGUGUUCCUUUGAGUAACACAUUUAUUUUUGUGAAAAGUACUCAAUAUAGACUAGCUCUACUUUGAAGAAAUUUUACGAUAUGUGGUAGAAUCGAGCAUAAAAAUUAUUUUUAAAUGCCUAAAGAGUAAGCAUUUUAUGCAUUUGGCAAUGAAAAUGACAGACUGCAUGGCAUGUAAUUGCUUAACACUGCAGUUGCCAUAAUAGACCAUUUCUAAAAGUUCUUCUACCAAUCUCCUACCACUAUAUAAAAUUGCUUAUUACUAACUGUUUUAAAAUCAUAUUACAGGAUAAUCAACUAUUGAAACAAGUUGUUUAAUUGACUUUUAUAUGUAAAAAUGGUACUGGGGGAUUCAGUAUAAAGUUUUUUUUCUAAAGAUUAUACAGAUAUUGUUAGCCUUUCAUGCACUACCUCCUAAGCUUUUAACAGUUCACAUCCUCUAAAAUGUCUCUGUAGAGGAAAAUACUUCACAGCUUCACUCUUUUGUACAAAUUUUAUUUUUAGCUAUAAAAUCCAAAAUUGAUAUGAAGUUUAUUAAUGCAUGAUUGACAAUAGUAAGCUGCUAUUAAUGCACAGUUUGUGAUAAAUAUCUAAUGUGUAAAUUGUAUUUUUAAUCUAGAUUUUAUAAACUAAUUUAUAACAUCCAAAUUAUUUCACAAUGCAUUGGAAAACCAAAAUUCUUUUAAAUAGUGUUAUAUGGGCAUGUACAUGCACAGUGAAAGCAGUCGAUCCCUCUUUUCUACUGGCAGUCUGAAAGCAGAUUGGCCUUCUAAGUGCACCUUAUUUUAACAGAAAAAAAAGUUAAUUGAAUUUAAGACACACUUCCUGUGAAAUUCAGUUAUGGUACCAGAUAAGUAAAGCCGAACUGUGAAUCAUGUUCUUCCACAGCUUAUGUAAAUUUAGGACAAUGUUCUUAUGAGUUAUCUGCAACAUGUACUCCUCUGAAUAUUGUGUAUUUUCUAACUUUACUUGCAACUUGAUUUUUACAUGAAUGAAAAAAUGUUUGAAAUGUCAAAUAUCAGUAUUUUUCUUACAACCUUAGUGUAUAAUGUACAUUGAUAUCUCACUAAAUGAAUGUUGAUUUUUACAAAAAUCAAACUAGCAUUAGUUGUAUAUUGGUCUUAUAUUUUUACAGUCGGGGACAAUAAUUGAUACAAAGAAAUGGAUGUAGAAAUGUGAUGACUAUUUUUAACUUGACAGGCAACACAAUGUGAAUAAAAAUUUGUAUAGCUUGUUUUUGAAA